AGUCGUGACAUGAAAGGCAGGGCAGACGAAUUAACCACCUGCAACGGGGUCAGUCGUACUUGAGCAACUCCUGCAGCUUGGAAUCACAAUUGCCCUUUCCCUGGAAACCUCUGCAUAAAAUGAUGAUGGAAUCCACAAGCGAUUCGGACAAGCAAGAGAGUCCUUUGAGUGAAAAAACAGAGGGUAGCCCUCCUGAACUUGCAGGUACGAACGGGGACCACAGGAGCAUCACCUGUGAGCAGAAUAGUCAGGUUUUGAGGAAGGAUGUGGCUGGGCUGCAGCAGGAGGGCCAGGUGAGCCAACAGGUGGAGGAUCUGAUCCAGCAGAACCAGCAGCUGCACCAGGAGCUGAGCCAGGUCAGUCAGCUCUCCCUGCAGCUGGAAGAGGACAAGAGGACCCUGCUGGACACAGCGAUCAGCAGGACAGAGGAAGCUCAGAGCGCCAUCAACAAUCUGCAGACGAAGGUCACCUGCCUGGCGGAUACUGUCACCGACCUUAAAACUGAGAGGGCGUUGGCCCGGUCCAGCCUGGACCAGCUGCGGGCCCAGCAGAGUCGCACAGCGGAACAGAACCAGGACCUGCGCGCCUCUGUUCGCCAGUUGCGCCGCGAGAGGGACGCUCUGGCCAAUCAGCUGGGGAAGCUUCAGCUCUCAGGUGCGGAGAAGGGGAAGGAGCGGGCAGCGCGGAGGUGCGAGGGGGGCGGAGCCAGGGCCCGCGGGUCCCGGCUGGACUGCUUCGUGCAGAGCGUGGAGGAGGACCGGGACUUCUACAGACAGGAAGCGGAGAGGCUGCGCAGGAUGCUGAGGCCCAGCCGCACCGCCAACGGCCCCCGAGGGUCCCGCGGUCACAGCCCCCCCAGGCAGCCCCCCACAAAGGGGGGGACCUACGAUUCGGAGCUGAUGCGCCUCCUCAGGGAGCGGGACGAUCUGCAGGCCCUGCUGGACAAGUACGAGCGCCACCUGUCCGAAAUCCAGGGCAACGUCAAAGUCCUGUCCGCCGACCGGGACAAGACCAGCGUGCAGUACCAGAAGGCCCAGGAGGAGAUCGCGCACCUGCGGCGGGAGGUGAUGAAGUCGAAGUCGCCGCGCGCGCAGAAGAGCUCGAUGACGGCGCACAGCAUCCUGAAGCGCGUGGAGGCGGAGCGCGACGAGGCCACCACCGACCUGAAGCGCAUGAGCACCGAGAGAGACAGCCUGAGGGAGCGGCUGAAGAUCUCCCAGGAGACGGCCAUUAACGAGCGGGCACACCUGGAGCAGCGGGUGGAGGAUCUGCAGAGCGCCAUUUACACGUUGGAGCAGGAGCACAGGGAGCUGAAGAGCAAGCAGGCGAUGAUGAAGGACGCCAUGAUGGACCUGGAGGAGGAGGCGUCCAGCCUGGGCCACAAGCUGGCCACGGCCGAGGGGGACCUGACCCGGAGCAGGAAGGAGUGCAGUGCACUGAGGUUGGCCAAUAACCAGCUGGACAGUGCCCUGAGUGACAGUCAGCUCAGACUGACCGCCAGGUUUGGAGAGCUGCAGACUGCCCAGGAAAAGAACAAACAGCUGGAGGAGAGGAACGACGGGCUGCUGCAGCAGGUUAGCGGUCUGCGUGAUGAGGUCAGCACCCUGCAGUCCACCGUGUCUGAGCUGGACCAGCGCAGGGAUGACCUGCAGGAGGCGCUGGAGAGGGAGUCUGACCUGCUGGCCUCCGCCACCACCCAGCUGGACGAGAAGGAGAGACUGAUCCGCGGCUUAAAGAUCAGGGUGGAGGAACUGGAAGCAUCCGCAGAGUGUCUGCGGGACACGGUGUCCGGGCGGGAGAGGGAGCUGGCGUCGUUCCGCAGGAAGCUGGGAGACGCGGAGGAGGAGCUGGUCUCCCUGGCCAAGAUGAAGGACGGCGCGCUCCGGGAGAACUCCCUGCUGAGGGACGACCUGGACAAGGCCCGACUCGACCACCAGGCCCUGCAGCUGAAGCUGGAAGAUUCCAGCAAGGAGGCGGAGAGCCUGCAGCGCAGGCUGGGGGAGUACAGCACCGACGUGUCCCGCCUGGAGGUCCUGCUCUCCUGCAAGGAAAAGGAGUGCGCGGAGCUGCAGGAGGCGCAGCGGCGGGCUCUGGGGGAGGCGCAGAGCUGGGAGGAGCGGGCGCGGCUGGCCGAGGAGACGCUCAGCGAGCUGCGGGAGGAGCUGUCCGACGGCGAGAGCGAGAGGCGCCGUCUCAAGGACACGCUGGAGAACCAGGAGCUCCGGCUGCAGGAGGCUCUGGUGUCGGAGCGCAGCUGCAACGGUCAGAUCUCCCAACUGAACCGCAGUCUGCUCCUGGCGGAGGACGAUCUGCGUCAGAUCCAAUCAGAGCGCUCCUCCACCCUGAGCGACCUGGAGAAAACGCGCGAGCUCUGCGUCAAACUGGACUCCAGCAAGGAGGUGGUGCUGCGGGAGCUGGAUGUCUGUCGCUCGGAGGUGGAGUUGUUGCGGAAGCAGCUGACCAGCGAGCGCCUCUCCAUGAAGAGCCUGGAGUCCAUGCUGCAGUCCACCCGCGAGAAAGAGCUGCACUCAGCACUCAGCUCCCAGGAGCAGCACGCUGAGAUACAGCUGCUCAGAGACAAGCUGACUGUGGCCGACAGCAAGGCGAGCACCCAGGUGAGGGAGCUAGCCCAGACCCGUGCACGCUCUGAGCAGCUGGAGAGUGACCUGGACAUCACCAAGAGACAGCUGUGUGCCGAGCGCUUUGAGAGGGAGCGGGCAGUGCAGGAGCUGCGGCUGCAGGGUCUCCCCCCCUCCUUGCGCUCGAGCUCUCCGCCGCGUCGCUCCCUCAGUCCCCGCCGCUCCUGGUCCCCCGAUCGCACCUUCCAGAGCUCCCCCGAGCGCCUGGCCACUGAAAGCGCCCGGGACAGGAGUCUGGUGUUCAGAGACCCGUACAGCUGAGAGCUGUGUGCAGUAGCUGCGCGCUGGAUCCCUACGACCCAGAACCUUCCGUCCCUCGCGUCGGCAGAAACGCCGACGGAAGGCUGUGCAGCGUUUGUUCUCCGUGUUUAAUGUCCUCGGACAACAUGUAUUCUUUAUUGUUUUAUAGCUCUGAGACGGUUACUACUACACGCCCUGCUUUGGGAGACACUAAACGAAUAGACCUGUCAAUCA